GUGCUUGAAGGCAGCAAAAAGUCUGCUAAAUUUGAGAAGGAAGGCGGACUUCGUUUUCUGUCCGCCACUUUUCUUGUUGUAGUUGUUGGCUGUCCCAGCGAAGACACUUCUUGUUCAGCUUCUGGAGCCUCGCCGAAGAGUGAACAUCCUGUCCGGGGGGGAGCAGCUCUGAUAACCGCCUUCAGAUCACUUUGCCGGAGGAGUUUUCUUGGAGGGAGAGCUCUGACUUCCUGUAGCUGAGGGAAAGAAGGAAAAGAGGCCUUCCAACCACUUCCAAAUAUUGUAUUCAUAUUGAAGCCUGCUGCCAGCUUGGAACAAUGGCCAGAAGAUGCGCCCCCGCCUUGUUGCUUCUUGCAGCGUGCUGCUGCCUGGCAUCUGCAGGGCCGUUAUUUCCUAGCCCGUGCGAGUUGCUGCCGGUUGGCGCGGGCCACCCCGUGCAGGCCGCGCUGAAGAGCUUCACAGCCCUGUCAGGCUGUGCCAGCCGAGGCACCAGCAGCCUCCCCCAGGAGGUCCACAUCAUCAACCUACGAGGUGCCGCACUUUCACAUCCGCCUGACAACUCUGCUGUGGAGGUGGAGCUGCACCUGAAGCCCAUACAGUCGCUGCUGCACCACCAGAAGCCGCUGGUCUUCGUGCUCAACUCCCCCCAGCCGAUCAUCUGGAAGAUCAAGACAGAGAGCCUGGCCCUGGGCAUCAAACGCACCUUUCAUGUAACCGAGGGCUCAGAGGUGCGCUUCCCACCGGGCAACUUCUCCCUGACCUGCCAUGUCCACAAGGAGCAUCUCCCCCAUGGCAACGACCACCUCCUCAGCUGGGCCCAGAAGACAUACCGGGCAGUCACCUCCUUCUCUGAGCUCAGGAUGACUGAGGACAUUUACAUCAAAGUUGGAGAAGAUCGUGUCUUCUCAGAGACCUGCAAGAUUGAUAACAAGUUCUUAUCUCUCAACUACCUGGGGGGGUACGUGGAGCCACAGCCCUCCAAAGGCUGCGUCCUGUCUGGACCCGACAAGGACCAAGAGGUCCACAUCAUCGAGCUCCAAGCCCCUAACUCCAGCAGUGCUUUCCAGGUGGAUGUCAUCGUGGAGCUGCGGCCUCUGGAGGACGACGCUCCGUUCCACCGCGAUGUCGUAUUGCUGCUCAAAUGCACCAAGUCAGUCAACUGGGUCAUCAAGUCCCACAAUGUGGUGGGCAAGCUCAGUGUUGUGGCGUCCGAUAGCGUGAGUGUCAGUUCAGGUACGGAGAGACUGAUGCAGGUGUCCAAAUCCCCGAAGCAGCGCCUGCCAUCCGGGCGCCAGGCGCUGAUCCAGUGGGCGGAGCAGCACAACUACGGCCCGGUGACGACGUACACCAGCACAGCCUUGGCCAAUCACUUUGACGUGUGGCUGAAAGAAGAAGAUGUGGAUCAUCAUCCGGACACAAUGUUGCCUCCAGAACUCGCCAUCCUGCGCAACUCCGGCCCAGCGACGGGAGGACGGGGAGGGGCUUUGCGGCGCUCUGGCCUGCCCUUCCCUUUCCCUCCCUCCGUGUCUGAGGGCCUGCCGCACCUACCGCUGCCCUCCCUCCUGGACGACCGCCCCUGGGAGAAGGUGGAGCCCGAGGAGCAUCGGGCCGUACUCAGCGUGGGCCUAGCCGUGCAGUGUGAAGACACCAAGAUGGUGGUUAGCAUCAGCAAAGACAGCCUGCAGGCCAACGGGUUUGCGCACGUCAAUCUCACGCUUCAAGACCCAGAAUGCAAAGCGGAGGUCAACGCCACGCACUACACGCUGGAGACUCCUCUGACUGGCUGCCAGACCACCAUUUACCCCCUGCAGGGAAGCACCAGCGCCCUCUACAUCAACACUGUCUUGAUAAGUUCCGCUGAGUCCAAGGACGGAAGCGGCGGGCCCAUUGAAUACGAGGACCUGGAAUCGGGAGAGGUCCUGUUCCCCAGGGAAGCUGUGGAUCUGGAAAGGACGCCACCCCGAGAUCAGCUGUCAAUCAUAACAUUCAACUGCACAUAUCAGCAGGCCCGGGAAACCCAAGACGCAUUUCCCAAGAAUGUCCCAGGAAGCAUGCAGCCGGUGGACAUGACGUUUAGCAUGGAGCUGUACACCGCCCCGCCGUCCAGCGAGCCAUCCCGCCAGGCUUUCUCCACCGUCUCUCAGAACCAGCGAGUAUUUGUGGAGGUGACAUCAUCCUCAUCAGACGUGGACGUGGGCUUCACGAUCCUUUCCUGCUUUGUCUCGCCCAACGCCAGCCCCAGCGUGGAGUCAACCUACACUCUCAUCGAGACCGUUUGCCCCACGGACGACUCGGUCCGCUUCUCUCCUCGCAGCCCGGCAGACAAAAAGACCUUCAGCUUCACCUUCAACUCAGACUUCAACACGUCGCUUGUAUUCCUGCACUGCAAGAUGUCCCCCUGCGCCAGAACCUCUCCCAGCGACCUGGGCCUUGCACCGUGCUUACGGCCGAGGCAGACGUGCGACUCUGUGCACCUGGACGACAUCCUCACCAUGAUGAUGAACGCCAGGACGUCCAGCAAAGCUCUGAUGGUGCUGGAUGGAUCCGCUCAGCCCGGCAUGACAGACUUUCCGACGUAUCUGGAGCCUGAGAGCCCGGAUGAUCCCACUACUAAAAACACGGUGCACGUGCUGGACACGCCCACCGUGGUGGUCAUCGCCUUCGCCGCCUUCGUGAUCGGGGCUCUGUUGACCGGAGCGCUGUGGUUCAUCUACUCUCACACAGGCGGGACGGCGGGCGGCGCCCAGCAGGUCCAGAAGUGUCAGCCGGCCUCGGAGAACAGCAGUGCCGGCCACAGCAUCGGCAGCACGCAAAGCACGCCCUGCUCCAGCAGCAGCACCGCGUAGCAUGCGCGGCUGCACGUCCUCCAAUCAAAGACUAUGUUUGCGUGGACAGUCCUCAUGAGAGUCCACAAUAGUUGGACACCAUCCGGUCUUUGGCCUGCACACCUUUUCCUGUCUCCUAGUUGACGCUACAUGACGGAGCAAGACAUUUUGGACAAUUGUAUGCACCCAACUUCAGGGAAGGUCCUUUUUGGUUCCCAGAUCCAUAACAGCGUCCUUGGAGGAGUUUGGAUGCUGUCACCACCACGUUUUAUUCCCCUUAUGUCAGCUUAACAAUCAGCUUCGUUUAGGAUGUUUUUGAGAAGAACAGGAAAACGCAACAUCAUGGUCGCGACUGAACGACCCCAAAGUGCGACAAAGCUGGACCAGGACAGAACAUCAGAACCACUAUUGAAUUGUGAGUGGUCUAAAGUGGUAUGUAAAGAAAGCUAUCUUUCUUGAAUGUAUACAGAAGUUAAGAAAAUGUCAAACAAUGUGAAAGACAAAUGUGAAGACAUACUGAUUUUUUUUUUACAUUUUUAUACGCAUAUUUUCUUUCUUUUUUUUUGCCCUUGCAAUAUUGUAAACAAGUGCCUUUUAUGUAGUAGUCACGGCUAGUUAAGCUAAGCUAGCUACGCUCUUUAAGGGUUUUUUAGAAUUGUUUAUUGUUUCCAAAAUGAGACCAAAGGGUUGAUACCACUCUGGAUGACCAGCAAACCCACUGGGCAAAAACAGAUAUAACGUUUGAAACAUAUUGUAUUGAAUAUAACAACAUGCUCUUAUGCUAAGCUAGGCUAACCGUACCAACCUCUAAAGAGUGGUACCGACCCUCUCAUGUCAAUCCAGGAAAGACAGAAAAUGAGGCCAAAACGUCGGAAUUGUCUUUUGUACAUUUUUGUAUUUGUGUAAAUAUUGUAAAUAUAGCAACAACUUGAAAGCUGCGCCCACAGGUUAGUAACUUAGCAUUUCACCUCAGUUUGUCAGCACGGUAUUACAGGAUGUCGUCCUCUGUAAGCAGAAAAAGGUGUCACCUGUACCUCAAAAAGUGUACGUAAAAUUUAGUGAUGAGACAAAUCGCGUCCGCUUUUGCCUCCGCUAGCUCAAACGCAAGUUAGCCUAAAAGUGACAUCAUCAGUCCAUCUGAUCAUUUCCUUUGUUAAAUAAUGAGGAAUUAAUUGAUUAGUUGAAUCUGUUUUUAAACGUUAAAUAAUUUAGUGUUGACUUCAUUCUUCCGGUAAAAUUCCAGUUAAAAAAAAAUGUUUUUUUUUUUUGUAUAAAUACAAACAUUAUUGCGGAAGUAAUACGUUUGUUUUUGCUGGACUCGUCGCCACCUCGCGGUUUCACAAGUGUUUGCGCCAGUACCUCCCACCUGUGUCUUUUUUUACAAAUGUAAACAUGUAUAAAGCUUUCUACAGAGGGAAUAGAGUAUAAGUACUUUUAAAAUUUAUAUAUAUAUAUAUAUUUGUGUAUAAAAUUAUAUUUUGGAAUAUAUUUACCGAGAGAAUUUUAUUGUUGAAGUACUGUGAAAUGAUUUAUUUUUAUCGGUUUGCUGAUUCAUGUCAUGUAAGCAGGAAACCUUCAAGGAUGUAAAUGACGUUGGUAUAAAACAUGUUAAGGAACUCUUUUGCUUUUUCUAUAUUUUCGUGUAAAAAAAUGUUGCUAAAUAAACAUGGA